GCCAUGCAGAACGGGGAAUUAAACGGAAGUGAAGAGUACAAAGAUAAACAAGGAGGUGGUGCAGGUCUUCCCCUGACGAAAGUCGAAAACAACGAUGGAAAGAAAGUUUUAACGAAUGGCAUGAGUAGAGUGCAUCGAAUUCUCUCCGAAGACGAGAUAAACCAAGGCAAAACGACCCGUUGGACUGAACUCGAAAUUCAUGGACGAGUCCGUAAUCUUUCAAAUGCAUUAUGGCAAGUGAGCCAUCUAUCAGCUUUAUUUCUAAAUGGCAAUCAGUUGACUCGUGUCCCACCGGAGAUAUCUCAGUUGACGAAUCUGACGAUGUUGGACUUGUCGCAUAACAAGCUGAGGAGUUUGCCGGCUGAGCUCGGUCUCCAAGGAAACCCUUUAUCUCCUGAAAUCAAUAAAAUCUACCACGAAAGUAAUGGCUCUCACAAAUUGUUGCAUUUCCUUCACGACCAUUUGGCAAUUAACACAGCACCACCACCGGAGCGAGAGUGGGUAAUGAUUCGACACGCGGAUCCCGAUCGACCCAUAGCCACUUUCACCGUCUUGUGUUACAACGUCCUAUGUGAUAAAUACGCUACCGUCAAUCAGUAUUCCUACUGUCCAUCAUGGGCUUUAAACUGGGAAUAUAGGAAGAUGUCUAUUAUGAAGGAAAUUCGUAACUACGAGGCCGACAUCAUUACAUUGCAGGAGGUUGAAACGGAGCAAUUUCGUCUAUUGUUUCAACCAGAACUGAAGAUGCUAGGAUACAGUGGGAUUUUUUCACCAAAGUCGCGCGCAAAAACUAUGAAUGAAGAGGAUCGGAAGUACGUAGAUGGAUGCGCAAUCUUUUGGAAGUCGGAAAAGUUUGAAAUGGAUCGUGAACACCUUAUCGAGUUCACACAAGUUGUUGUGAAAAAAGCCUCGACUUCUGAACACAUGCUUAAUCGCGUAAUGCCUCGAGAUAACAUUGCGUUGUGCGCUGUUUUGCGAAUCAAGGAGAACGUCUAUAACAACAGACGUAUGACAAUGGCUGCGGCAGAUAAUGUAGUGGGUACACCACUUGUAGUUUGUACUGCACAUAUCCAUUGGGAUCCCGAGCUAUGCGACGUGAAGUUGAUUCAAACUAUGAUGCUGGCGCACGAACUUUACAAACUUCUUGAAGAGGUAGCUGAACAAUUUCGAAUAACUCCUCAGCAAACACCCGUACUAAUAUGUGGUGAUCUUAAUUCACUUCCCGAUUCAGGUAUGGUAUAA